UAGAUAAGAUUAGACCUUGCGAUAUAGCUGAUGUCUGUUCAAAUAUCAGAUACACCUGCUACACGCAAGACCGAGCGAAAGGGGGCGACGACGACAUUCUUUACUCUUCUGUGAUCUAUGUGGAUACAGCAAAGAGAGUCGACUGUAUAUCAUCAUCCACUCUCAACUCUGAAGACGGUUCGGGGACGACGACGACGUCGGGAUGCGCUUCUGGACUUCAAUCGAUCUGACGGCGGCGCAUCGACCCGUGCUGUAUGACGACGAGACAGAUAUCUUGGUGCAGGACGCGGUUGGUAUAUACGAAGGACGCACGCGAUUACCUGACUAUCAGAGCGGACGGAUAUACCUGACAUCCCACCGGAUUUGCUACGUCGACAAUGCGUCUCCACUCCUACGCUCUGUUGCAAUCAACCUCCCAGACAUCAAAGCAGCGCAGUACAGCGUCCGGUUCCUCAAGUCCUCGCCCAAAAUCACGAUAGAAUUCGCAGACAAAUCAUCCUCCACUUCCACCUCACCCGUCUACCCUUCUUCCGCCUCGUCAACACCCAAUGCCUCCUCUGCCUCUCUUCCAGCACCAUCAGCAGCAGCCUCGGCUUCUAAUCUCUCGCUGGUCUCCAGUGUCUCGUGGGUCUGUCCCAUCUGCUCGUUCUCCAACCCCUUCUCCUCAAACUACAGACCCGACAUCUCACCCAUCCCCGCCUGCGCAACCUGCGGCGUCAAACCCCCCGAGUCCGUGAUAAAAGACGCCUUGACGGAAGGCGGCAUCACAUCCGGCUCGGCCUCGCCCGACAGCACCAGCAGCCAAUCCACGUCUCUGACCGAACCCGACAGCGACAGCAUCGCGUGUCCGAAAUGCACGUUUGCGAAUAACCCCGCGCUGCGGUUCUGCGAAAUCUGCGGCUCGCGGCUGCGUGUUUCGACGCUCAACGUAUCGGACUACAUACUUGAUAAAUCCGUCGCGCGGAAGGAGUCGUACCUGCCGUUCUCGUUCUCAAGUAGCAGCAGCGGCGCGGAUAGCGAGAGGUCAAAGUACGCGAUGCCGGUGCAGGAAGAGGUGCUGAACUACGUCAAACUGAGUUUUCGAGGCGGCGGCGACAAGGAGUUUUUCGAGCGCCUGAAGGUCGUCUUGACGGACAAGACGUGGCUCCAGAACGCGGCGCGCAGGAAGCAGGAGCCAUCCGUGAUUGUCGUCAACAAGACUCUGAUGGAUAACGAGAUGAAGCAGGUAGAUGAAGAGCCCAAGCCGCCGGCGACACCAACUUUUGGUAUUCAUGGACUGCAACGGAUAAACGAGCGAGAGAGGGAGGAUAACAAAGAUUUGAUGGGAUCGUUGAACGAUCUCCAGUCCCUGAUGACCAAAGCGAGAGGCCUGGUCGCUCUCGCCGAGAACUUCGCCGUCCGCCUUGCGUCCUCGCCCGGCGUACCGGACGAAGCUCGUCGCGCGUUACGCGAGUCGUCAAACGCACUAAAUCUGUCAUCGCCGAUCGUGACCAAAGAAAUGGCCGGCGGCGGCAGCAACGAGAUAUACUACGCCGAGCUGGCGCGGCAACUUGCCGAGUUUCUCGAGAGCGGCGUGCUCAAGAACGAGGGCGGGAUCGUGACGCUGGUUGACCUGUUUGCGCUGUACAACCGCGCGCGCGGGAUCUCGCUGAUUUCGGCGAAGGAUCUGCGGAGCGCGUGCGAUAUGUUUGAGAAGCUGAGGCUGCCGUUUAAGUUGAGGCAGUUUAAGAGCGGGUUGAUUGUCGUGCAGGAGGCGGCGAGGGCGGAUAGUGUUGCGAUCGCGAUGCUGGUGGAGUGGGUCAAGACGGCGCAGAAGAAGCCGUUUGAGGAGGACGAUGGAGUUACGGCGCAGGAUGUCAGUCAGCAUUUUGGAUGGAAUGUCGGUGUUAGUAUGGAGGAGCUAGAGACCGCACAGGAACAAGGCAAGCUCGUAUCCGACUCCGUCGUCGGCGGCACGCGCUACUUUAUCAACACCAUCGUCUCUUUCUCCUGGGACUGGAAACUCGACGUCUUCAAAGAGAAAACCGGCCAAGUCGCCAACGCGCUCGACCUGGCUGCGCUCGAGGAAGAUCUCUCGCUGCUUGAUCCCAGCAGCAGCACAAUGGUCACCGGCCAGGCAUACGUGCCUGCGAGUAAUAUUCAUCGCGCGGUGUUGACUAAUGAGAAUAGUCUGUUAUAGAUUACUGCUUUUGUUUUCUGUUGUAAUUAGUCUUUGGGUUUUGGUGUAAAUGGUCUCGAAGCGUGUUGUAUAUUGUCGAUAGCUUAGACUAGUCUAUAGAAUCGUCUACUUGUAGUUAUAAUGUCCAAGCCUAGUACCUCGUUGGGUCUAUCCAGACAAGAUCAAGAACAGAGAAU